AAUCCGCGGUCACACUGCUGGGAAAUAUUAUAUUCAGAUUUGGAAAAAAAAACCUAGAAAACAACGAAAUGGACUCUUUCAAUGGAAGAAAUGUUGCGCUUCUGGUCCUCUGCCUCUGUGCCUGCUACGCGCUGGCCACCGAGGAAGGCAAGGAAAUACCGGCAACUAAAUUCGGCCAGAACGUUGCGCCGACGAUGACUUUUCUUUAUUGCUACUCAUGUGGCUACCGCAAGGCCUUUGAAGACUACGUGGGCAUUCUCGGCGAGAAGUAUCCACAAAUGCAGGUGAACGGGGCCAACUACGAUCCGCCGGGGAUGAACUACUACCUGUCAAAGAUCAUAUUUGCGCUAAAGAUCAUGAUCAUCGUGAGCGUGGUGAGCGCCGUCAGUCCCUUCACCUUUUUGGGGCUAAACACGCCCAGCUGGUGGGGCCACCUGCAGGCGAAUAAAAUAUACGCCUGUAUGAUGAUAUUCUUUCUGGGCAACAUGCUGGAGGGACAGCUCGUUUCAUCGGGUGCCUUCGAGAUAACGCUGAACGAUGUGCCGGUGUGGUCGAAAAUUCAGACGGGACGUUUUCCAGCCCCCGAGGUGCUUUUCCAAAUCAUCGACAACCAGCUGCAGUUCACCGAGAAAGUUCAGGAGAAUCCUGACUUUGUUAAAUAAUAGGAGCCUCUUCAGCGCAGGGACAGGGGUAAAACUACAUCAAAAAUAGUGAACGAGCGUGUCAAAUUUUUGAUCUGACUCUACUCUAAACUAAGGCUCCUGUCUUAAUUUAACAUAAAUAGUUAUAUCUUUGUUUCACCUUAAC